GCGGAGAUGAAAAAGCCGACCAAUGUGGCUGAGACCACGUCCCCCCGGAAGAGGAGAAGAAAAUCUGUUGGGCAGAAAUCUCCGUAUUUCCCAAUCAAGUCAAGUGCGCCUGUGACUCUGCCGGUGGAGUCUUCCUUUCAUUUCCAGAAUCAGCCGGCGGCGGAAAUCAGGACCCAACCAGAAAACGCCGAGUCCAAGUCAAUGUCAGUAGAUGCGAGUAAGCCCAUCUUGAAUCUCGACGAUUUGUUUUCUCAAUAUGCUUACAAAGGUGGUGCACUCACUUAUAAACAUGGCAACAUGUCCAGAAAGCUUUCCCAAUGUCGAGAUACCACCAUGCCUUCAACCAAUCUGAAACAAGAGAAAGUGGAUGAAACCCAGCCAUCGUCUGUCGAAACCCGAAGCUCAACAACUAUCUAUCCCUGUAGUCAAGCUGGUCAGACUGGCCGGAACUCAACUGAGGACAAUGCCAAUGUGCCUGCAACAGUGAAACAAGAAAAUGUCCCUCCACAGAAGGAGGAGGAGAGGAAGAAUGAAACUCAGCCAUCUGCCGAAAUCCGAAGGGUUUCUCAUUACUUGCCAACCUCAGCUGAGGACAAUGCCACUGUGCCUGCAGCAACCUUGAAACAAGAGAAAUUGCUCCCACAGAAGGAGGGGAUGAUGAACAAUGAAGCUCAGCCAUCUGUCAAAAUCCGAAAGGUGUCUCGUUUCUUCCCGAUCCCCACUGAUGAACCAGUGCUGGUAGAUGAGUGCAAGAAAACAAAAGCUAAACCCCCCCAACGCCGUUCUGGAAAGAACAGAAAGAGGGAUGCCGGAAAAGAAAGUAAUGCAGAUGGAAAUUUGUUGCAAAGUAAAAAGAGGAGGCAGAAAAACUCUUCUAAAAUCAAGCCUGCUACUCUGACAGCUUCCCAGAAGAAAGAUGAAGCAUACCGAAGGAGAACUCCCGAUGACACAUGGAUUCCUCCUCGCUCUCAUCAUCAUCUCCUUCAAGAAGAUCACUAUUAUGACCCUUGGAGAGUAUUGAUUAUAUGCAUGCUUCUUAAUCGGACAACAGGAAAGCAGGUAAAAAAAGGAGUAAUAUCAGAUUUCUUCAAUUUGUGUCCUAAUGCAAAGGCUGCUACUGAGGUUACCUCACAGGCUAUAGAAAAUGUUAUAAGAUCUCUUGGACUACAUAAGAGAGCAGAGAUGAUACAGCGCAUGUCUCAGGAGUAUCUAGGGGAAAGCUGGACCCAUGUAACUCAGUUGUAUGGUGUUGGCAAAUACGCAGCUGAUGCAUAUGCAAUAUUCUGCACUGGAAUGUGGGAACGAGUUAAACCUGCUGACCACAAGCUAAAUGAUUACUGGGAAUUUCUCCACUACCUUAAAGCUCCACCUGCAACCUGAGCCUGCAGUUCUUAUUUGACAGCAGGAACUUUUGCGUCUUUCUGAUUGAAAUCAUCUGAUAGAAAUAUAUUUUUUGGGGGAGGGAGGGUUUUGUAUAGUAGAAUGCUGCAAUGGGGGUGGAACUCUGAACCUUGCUUUGUUCAAAAGCUGUAUUUAUAACUCUAAUUGGAACUAUUCUGAAUUGUUAAUAAUUAUUUU